AUGGAUGUUUUUGACGAACCCAACUACAGAAUAGUAAAGCACAGUUCUCGUUUGAUAGCUCAGAUGAAAGAAUUAUUCGAACGUAUGAGACGUGAUUGGAAAUUACUAUUGAACGAAGAAGAAAAAGAUUCACUACAAUAUCGACCAACCCUCGGUUAUUUAUUUUCAGCUGCAUAUGUAGGUAUUGUCGGUACGACAUUGAUGAUUUUUAUAACGGAACCGAUUAUUCCAAGAUUUUUAAAUAUACUCUUAAGAAUGAACGAAACUGCUCCACGGAAAUUCGCUCUUCCGUUGGAGUACAUAAUAAUUGACAGAGAGAAGCAUUACUGGACAAUUUUAUUCAUAUCAAAUCUAUUUUGUAUUAACAUUAUAGUUGUCAUCAUUUCAUGUGACAUCACGUUAAUUACCUAUGCGCAACACAUUUGUGGAUUAUUUGCAGUUAUAGGAUGUCGACUAAAAAAUACACCGGUCGAUGAAGACCUUCCGAAAGGCCAUAAAAGGAGAAAUAAUUUGUCAAACUCGAAAAAUAUUCCUUACAAACAUUUGGUGUCUUGCAUCAGGGGUCACAGGCGAGCUCUAGAGUUUGCUGAUCUUCUCGAAAGUGCUUAUUCUGUAAGUUUUGCAUUGAUUAUAGGAGUCAAUCUGCCACUUAUAAGUAUCACCGGAGUUCAGGUAGUAACACAAUCCAAUACAAUAGACAAGACAUUGAAAUAUUUAACAUACGCCAUUUCUCAGAUGGCACAUCUCUUUUUUGAAUGUUUUAUGUCACAACAGUUAACGGACAUGAGUUUAGAAAUGCACGAAAGCAUAGCUGAUGUAAGGUGGUACGACAUUUCCGUAAAGUCACAAAAAUUGCUAAUAUUAAUGACAUUGAGAAGUCAGACACCUUGUAAAUUGACUGCUGCUAAAGUAAUGGAUUUGUCCAUUGAAAAUUUCGCAACGAUGUUAAAAACAUGUGCAUCGUACCUCACGAUGCUUUUAUCGAUGCAGUAACAAACUUUUACAUUCUUCACUAUACAGAAAAGUUCAGCUGAGUGUAGGGUUAUUAAAUUUUGUUGUAGUAACA